CAACUGACCAUGAUUGAAGACAAUAAGGAAAAUAAAGACCAUUCCUUAGAAAGAGGAAGAGCAACUCUCAUUUUUUCCUUGAAGAAUGAAGUUGGUGGACUUAUAAAAGCACUGAAAAUCUUCCAGGAGAAGCAUGUGAACCUGUUACAUAUUGAGUCCCGAAAAUCAAAGAGAAGAAACUCAGAAUUUGAGAUUUUUGUUGACUGUGAUAUCAACAGAGAACAGUUGAAUGACAUUUUUCAUCUGUUGAAGUCCCAUACUAACGUUCUCUCUGUGAAUCCACCAGACAAUUUUACUGUGAAGGAAGAUGGUAUGGAAACUGUUCCUUGGUUUCCAAAGAAGAUUUCUGACCUGGACCAUUGUGCCAACAGAGUUCUGAUGUAUGGUUCUGAACUGGAUGCAGAUCAUCCUGGCUUCAAAGACAAUGUCUACCGUAAAAGACGGAAGUAUUUUGCAGACUUGGCUAUGAACUAUAAACAUGGAGACCCCAUUCCCAAGGUUGAAUUCACUGAAGAGGAGAUUAAGACCUGGGGAACUGUGUUCCAAGAGCUCAACAAACUUUACCCAACCCAUGCCUGCAGAGAGUAUCUCAAAAACUUACCUUUGCUUUCUAAAUAUUGUGGAUACCGGGAAGAUAAUAUCCCACAAUUGGAAGAUGUCUCAAACUUUUUAAAAGAGCGCACGGGUUUUUCCAUCCGUCCCGUGGCCGGUUACUUAUCACCAAGAGAUUUCUUAUCAGGUUUAGCCUUCCGGGUUUUCCACUGCACACAGUACGUGAGACACAGUUCAGACCCUCUCUAUACCCCAGAGCCAGAUACUUGCCAUGAACUCUUAGGUCAUGUCCCCCUUUUGGCUGAACCUAGUUUUGCGCAAUUCUCCCAAGAAAUUGGCCUGGCUUCCCUUGGAGCUUCAGAGGAGGCUGUUCAAAAACUGGCAACGUGCUACUUUUUCACUGUGGAGUUUGGUCUCUGUAAACAAGACGGGCAGUUGCGAGUCUUUGGUGCUGGAUUACUUUCUUCUAUCAGUGAACUUAAGCAUUCACUUUCUGGACAUGCUAAAGUAAAGCCCUUUGAUCCCAAGAUUACCUGCAAACAGGAGUGUCUCAUCACAACUUUUCAGGAUGUCUACUUUGUAUCUGAAAGCUUUGAAGAUGCAAAGGAGAAGAUGAGAGAAUUUACCAAAACAAUUAAGCGUCCAUUUGGAGUGAAGUAUAAUCCAUACACACGGAGUAUUCAGAUCUUGAAAGACACCAAGAGCAUAACCAGCGCCAUGAAUGAGCUGCAGCAUGAUCUCGAUGUCGUCAGUGAUGCCCUUGCGAAGGUCAGCAGACAGCCAAGCAUCUGAUGCUGAGAGUGUCUUGAGUGUCAAUUCAGAGGCCUGUGGGUCAGCUCCUGCUUUUCUUGAAGACCUGGUUGUGGAGGGACAGCCUCCAAACAAUAUUCUCUACUCCUAUUCCUUAAUUAGUCCUUUGGAAAUUUGUGCCUGAAUACUGUAUACCACUACCUAUUAUUUUUUUGGUAACGGCUUUAGUGAAAUAUGAUUCAUAUACCAUACAAUUCACUGACCACUCAUUUUUUAUAGAGAAUUUUUUGACCCUAGAGAUAGAUCUAAUACCGGCUUGAUUCUCUUUUUCCUAAUCCUUCUUGAAUAAAAUGACUUUUAUGAUCACUUAAAAUGCCUGGAUGGGUAUCAUGGAGCUGACCCAUACUAUUACCUAAGAUCCUCUUAUUUCUAAAGUAUCUUACUUAUCAUUGAAUUUGUGCCAUGCUUGAUCACACUGACAGCCCUAAAUUUAAUAGGAGACCAGCUGUCUCCACUGCUAGCGUGGGCAGAAGUAUAGAGGCCUUUGCAUGUGAAGCAUACCUUGUAAAGAGGAAGUAGUCUAGUUUCAAGUGUGGUAUCUUGUAGGGAAAUAUGAGUAGCCAAAUUUGGAAAGGUUGAUUGGGGUAUAAUCCUCAAGAGCAGGCUAAGAAUUUGGGACUUUCUUUGGUAUGGAACUAGGGAGCCCCUUCCCAAGCGACCAUCCUCCUUGAGUAAAAAACUUUCCUUUCUAAGGCACUGCACGAUGCUGGUUUUGUUUUAGGUUAUCGGUUCUACUCAUGGGGCCAAGGGGAACAUGGGGCAGGCAGGACCACUUGCAAGGCCCUACACUCACACAUGCAGAGUAUUAUGAUGGGCUUUGUCCUCAGGUUAGCAGGAGGUGGUAUUGUCGUGAAAUGGAGAGUUCAAACUAAGACUGAUGAGAGAAGCACAAAGUUAAAGUUGGGAAAGCAACACUGAGCACUUCAUUUACAAGAUAUAAGUGAAGUCAUAAAUACAGAGGCAAGGCAUAGGGGUAGAGGGUGGGGAAACAAGUGAGGAAAUGGGAUGUAAGAAAGGUUAAGAAGACCAUUUUAGGUCUGACACCAAUAAUGCAAGGGUUGCAAGGACUGUUUUUUAUGUGCUGUUGGCUAUGUCAUACAGGGAAUGGACCUGAUAGAAGAGGGUGAAGCUGGAUUCCUGAAUACAUGCUGUCUGUUUGAUUUGUUCCUUUCCUCCUCCGCACACCCUCCUCAGGUUUCUGUUUCUGGUCCUCUUCUCUCUCUGCCAUCUCUUCAUGGGAAAUGUCAUCCACAUCCAUGACCUCAAUUCCUUUU